ACCUCUCCCAUCUGCCUCGUUUCUCUGUUUUCACGUCCUCUUCACAGGAAAGAAUGAGUAUGAUCUUCUGGUCAUUGGUGGAGGGUCUGGAGGCCUUGCUUGUGCAAAAGAAGCUGCUCAGUUUGGAAGAAAAGUGGCUGUUUUGGAUUAUGUGGACCCUUCCCCACAAGGAACCACAUGGGGACUUGGUGGAACUUGUGUGAAUGUUGGCUGCAUUCCUAAAAAGCUUAUGCAUCAAGCAGCCCUUUUAGGGAGUGCCCUUAAAGAUGCCCCACACUAUGGCUGGAACAUAGCCCAACCUGUUCAUCACAGCUGGUCUGUGAUGGCACAAGCUGUUCAGAAUUAUGUGAAAUCCUUGAACUGGGGACACAGAGUGCAACUGCAAGACAAGAAGGUGAAAUACCUCAACAUGAAAGGGAGUUUUUGUGAUCCCCAUACGGUCCGUGGGUUGACAAAAGCAGGUAAAGAGAUUAUUGUUACUGCAGAUAAUAUUGUCAUUGCUACUGGAGGAAGACCGAAGUAUCCUACACACAUUGCAGGUGCCCCGCAGUACGGAAUCACGAGUGACGAUCUGUUCUGGUUAAAAGAGUCUCCUGGAAAAACGCUGAUUGUUGGAGCCAGCUAUGUUUCCCUUGAGUGUGCUGGUUUUCUAACAGGCAUUGGACUGGACACUGCAGUCAUGAUGAGGAGUAUCCCACUUCGUGGGUUUGAUCAGCAAAUGGCAUCUUUAGUAACUGAGCACAUGGAAUCUUAUGGCACAAAGUUUUUAAAGAGAUGUUUCCCAACCAAAGUUGAAAAAUUGGAGAACAACAGAUUGCAAGUCACCUGGAAAAAUACUGACCUGGGCACAGAAGAAACUGAUUCCUUUGACACGGUGAUGUGGGCAGUAGGUCGAGCCCCUGACACUAAAACUCUCAAUUUGGAGACAGUUGGAGUGAAAACUAAUCCUGAAACUGGGAAGAUUAUUGUUGAUGCCAGUGAAGCUACUUCUGUUCCUCACAUUUAUGCAAUUGGAGACAUAACUGAGGGCCGGCCUGAGUUAACCCCCACGGCCAUAGCUGCAGGCAAGCUGCUGGCCCAGCGCCUCUGUGGCCACUCUGCAGAGCUGAUGGACUAUGACUCGGUCCCUACCACGGUGUUCACGCCCCUGGAGUACGGCUGUGUGGGGCUGUCGGAAGAAGCAGCUGUGCAGUGUCACGGGGCAGACAAUGUUGAGGUAUUCCAUGCAUAUUAUAAACCUUUAGAGUUUACAGUGGCUGAAAGAGAUGCAACUCAAUGCUAUAUGAAGAUGGUGUGCUUACGAGAGAGGGAGCAAAGGAUCCUUGGCCUUCAUUUCAUUGGACCAAACGCAGGCGAAGUUAUUCAAGGAUUUGCUCUUGGAAUCAAGUGUGGGGCUACGUAUCCUCAGCUGAUGAAGACAGUUGGCAUCCACCCCACCUGUGCUGAGGAGGUGACCAAGUUGCACAUCACGAAGCGUUCUGGCUUGGAUGCCACAGUCACAGGCUGCUGAGGUUAAAUACCAUCCCUGGA